AUGAGAAUCAACAAAUAUGAGUCAGUUCCUUCCAAGGAAUCAGACGUCGAAUAUGGACAAAAUCAAACUCGUGACCUGAAUGAUACUGGUGAAACUUCAGAAAAUUUGUGGAUGCACGAUGCUAAGGAAUCUCAGGAGACGGAAGUACACGAGACAAUGGAAACCGACGAACGGGAAACCAUGUUUAAAGAAAAAGAAGAAGAUGAUACCAUAGUAGAUGUUGAAACUUGGGACGAGGAUGUGUACACAAAGUCUGACAGAAACGAGAGAAAAAUUAUUCCAUGUCUGAUUAUUGCUGGGAUUUUUGUACUUGCCUGGAUCGGUUCAGCAAUCCUUUACGAAUAUUAUCGAUCGGGGAGCGUUGAUCAGAGCACAUUGAGUCGAAUAAAAUUUGAUGAUAUAUACAAUGGAAGCUUUUAUCCUACUUAUACGAGUUUGGUAUGGAGUACUUCUGAUGGCGAUGAUGGGCAGUUCAUUUAUCAACAAACAGAUAAUAGCAUUGUAGUAGAACAUAUCGCAGAUAAAUCGAAAAAAACAUUAGUAGAUGGAAAAGAUCUUGGUGAACUUACAUAUUUCUCAUUCGAUGUUUCACCAGACAAUCAAUAUGUCCUGCUUGGGACCAAUAAAACAAAAUUGUGGAGACAUUCUUAUACAGCAAAUUACUUCAUUUUUAACGUAUCAUCGAAAUUAAUUUUUCCCAUUACCACACCAAUUGACACCAAUCAUCAAGCUGUCAUUUCAUAUGCUAAAUGGAGCCCUGUUGGUCACAGUCUGGCUUUUGUCAAAGACAAUGACGUAUAUGUAUCAGUAGGGCUGACAGAAGAAAGACGUAUAACGUAUGACGGAUCAACAGUUAUAUUCAAUGGUGUUCCGGAUUGGAUUUAUGAAGAGGAGGUCCUGGCAACAAACUUCGCGCUUUGGUGGUCACCCGAUGCAACAUAUAUUGCAUACAUUCGAUUGAAUGAAACCGAUGUACCAGAAUAUCGCUUCCCACUUUAUCUUAAUGGAAUGGAGGCAGGACCUUAUGUAACCGAAGUUGUAAUGAAAUACCCUAAACCCGGUUAUCCAAAUCCUAUCGUUACUUUUCACAUUUACGACGUGUCAAAACCUUUGGUAUCCCAAUCAGCUGCAAUCCCAUUUACUGAUGAUUUUUCGGAUGAUAAUAAAAUAAUAACUGAAGUCUGUUGGGCUGGAAGCGAUAAAGCGCUGGUUAGAGUUAUGGAUCGUGUUCAGGAUACCGCCAGAGUUGUAUUGGUCGAUACUGUCACACUUAAGGGCACAACUGUGCGCGAGGAGAAUGCAGAUGCAACCGAUGGUGGUUGGCAUGAAAUUACUAGGAGUAUGAUUUACCUAAAGAAAUUUGGAAGCUUAACACAGGAUGCUUAUUUGGAUAUAGUCGUCAAUAAUGGAUACAACCAUCUUGCUCUAUUCAGCCCUAUAGAUUCCAAUACUCCUCAAUUUCUUACCAGCGGUAAUUGGGAAGUUGUUGGCGGCGUACAGGCUGUUGAUUACAAGCGCGAACUUGUAUAUUUUAUAAGCACCGAAAAGUCUUCAAUCGAAAGACAUUUGUAUUCCGUUACUCUUGAUGGCAAAAAUAAGACAGCAUUGACAGAUACCAGUAGCGCUGGGUAUUAUUCUGUUUCCUUUUCAAAGGACUCCGAGUAUUACAAUAUCAUGUAUCAAGGACCCGACAUUCCCUGGCAGAAAGUAUUGAAGACUGACAAUAAAAAACUCAAUGUCAUGGAGAUCAGACCACCUGGGAUGGAUGAAAGCGGUCGCGAAAAAUAUCCCGUCCUAUUUCGUGUAUAUGGAGGUCCCACCUCUCAAUUGGUCAGUAAAAAGUUUUUGGUUGACUGGCACAUGUUCUUAGCGUCUUCGCCCAAGUUGAAAUACAUAGUUGUGGUGGUUGAUACUCGUGGGACGGGAUACAAAGGCCGUAACUUUCGCGUUUGUGUUAGAAAACAUUUGGGAGAAUUCGAAGCGAAUGACACAAUUAAUACGGCGCGUUAUUGGUCAAAGUUACCGUAUGUUAAUUCAAGUAAGAUGGCUGUUUGGGGUUGGUCAUUCGGAGGUUUCCUUACGACUAAGGUUAUUGAAGCCAACUCCGGAGUGUUUCAAGCGGGGAUUGCUGUUGCUCCUGUGACUGAUUGGAGAUUCUAUGAUUCUAUUUAUACCGAGCGUUAUAUGAAGUCACCUGAUACAAAUGCUGAGGGUUACCAACGUGCAGCUGUGACAAAUAUGACGGGGUUCAAAAAUGCAAAAUUUUUGUUGGUGCAUGGAACUGGAGAUGUUCACAAUUAUCGCGUACAAUUCUACACCGACAGCGAUCAUUCAAUGACAAAACACAACGCAAAUCGUGAG